CCCUCCGCGGCUGCGGAAGGGGACGCGAACCGUCCUGGUCCCAUCCGAGCCGCCGUAGCGCGAGUGCCGCGGGAGUUCGGCAGCCCAGGUCGCCAAGGCAACGGGCUCCGCUGCAGGUUGCGGGCUGCGGGCGCUAGGCUGCCCCGGGGAGGCGCUGCGGGCCGGCGGCCCAGGCACGGCGCGGCGGCGAGACCGCAGGAGACACGGGGAAGAGACAGAGAGGAGGGUAAAGUGAGAAUCCUGCCUGCACCACAGGUCUGGACUGCUAACCUUGAAUCCUGGUUUCUUAAAUUCUGCCUCCGCUUCUGACUGAGGACCACUGGAUUUUGAGGAAACUUUGGUCUUAAUUCCCGUACUGAUUAGUCAACAGUGGAAAAUCUGAAGAGAUGCAAGCAGGAAAAAGAAAUUAAACCAGGCCUGAGGAGCGAUGCGACAGGCAUGAUGGAGGUCGAGUCCUCCUACUCGGACUUCAUCUCCUGUGACCGGACAGGCCGUCGGAAUGCGGUCCCUGACAUCCAGGGAGACUCGGAGGCUGUGAGCGUGAGGAAGCUGGCUGGAGACAUGGGCGAGCUGGCACUCGAGGGGGCAGAAGGACAGGUGGAGGGAAGCGCCCCAGACAAGGAAGCUGGCAACCAGCCCCAGAGCAGCGAUGGGACCACCUCAUCUUGAAUCUGACCUUGUCCAAGAAGGCUGGACGAGAGACCUUCUGUCCCCUCCCAGAGGGGGAACCCUGGCACUGGCCCAGCAGCCUCUUCUCUGAGCCCCAUGUCCCAGAUAAACCAGGCCAGACUGAGAAGGCUCCCCAGAGGCCUCUGUGGCCUCCACUCCGGGAAAGCCCUCUGCCCACACCCACAGGCUCCACAUUCCCACCACCUUCUCACCGUGCCCAGGUACACUUUCAAGACACUGUAACCACAAGAUGUUACUUAUUGAGCUGGCGCCGGGACUUGGGCGGGGCCUGCCCUACAGUGAGCAGCCCACACAGGAACGCUCCUCUCGCGAGCGGUCCGGGCAGGGACCCUGUCCCAACACCAACUCCUCCUCUCCAGCCCAAUCUUCUGGGUCCAGACCUGCUUGUCCCUUUUUUAGAAAACACUUUUAAACUUUUUAAAAAUUGUAAACCUUUUUUCAGCAGAUACGGAGAGAGCUGACAAUCAAUUCACAUUUUUUUAAGCCAUUUUAGCUAAACUCUCAUUGUGCAUCUCUGAGGUUCCCUCAUGGAGCUCCACAGAUCUGUUUUUAGGGAAGGGAUUUUGGCUCAAAACGAUCUGACCACCUCUGCCCUGUCCACGAGGAUAAAUGACACCUAGGACCCAGGAAAUAAAUGCUGAUGAUUUGUGUGA